AUGGCUGUGGUCAAGCAAGAGCCCAAAUCGUCAUCGCUGCUGUCGGAAAGUGAAGAAAGCGGAUCGAGCAGAUCGUCCUCCCCCGUCAAUAUGAAUCUGGAAGCCGAAGAGUCGUCUAGCGGAGAAUCAGAGUCAGGAAGCGGAUCGGACGCCUCCAGCCAAAGCGAGAGCGGCAAGAGUGACAGUGAAAGCGAAAGCGAAAGCGAGGAGAAAGCCUCCGCAGAGGAGGAAGAAAAGAGCGAAGAACCUACCAAGAAGGAAUCUAAUGUCUCCUUCAUCGAACCGCAAGCCUUCAAACCACCCUCGGGCUUCAAGUCCGCGAAAAAGCAGUCCUCAUCUUCUAACGUCUCGUCCCUCCUCUCCAACCUCCGCGGCAAGCAGGUCUUCCACAUCACCGCCCCGUCCUUCCUCCCUCUCUCGAAAGUGAAAGAGAUCUCGCUAGCCAGGGUCAUGCAAGGCGAACCGGUCCUGCAACACGAUGGCGUGAACUAUGGGAUACCGGCAGAUAGCAUCAGCCAGGGCGAAGCGGACGGAAAGACGCUCUUCCUUCACGACUCGAAGACCCAGAAAUACCACAGCACGCCUGCGAGUAACGUUCAAAGCUACCACGUUCAGGAGUUGAUCAGUAUUCCGGAGAGCAAUGGGCCAACAUCGAUAGCGGCGCAGGAUUACGAGAAGCCUCCCAGGACACAACCCAAGCACCUGAAGAUGCGCUUCCGACCCGUGGGAAGUGGAGAAGGCCCCGCAGAGACGAUUGGUACCAGUUCUGAAUCGGAAGGAGAGGAUGAGAAGCCUACAUUCAAGGUUCCCAAGGGGUCUUCUGAGAAGGAGGAGCGGAAGCGGAAACAUCAUCAUACUGAGGGAGACAGCACCCAAGCAACCGCGGCUCCCCGGAAGAAGUCGAAGAAGCAUUCAUCUGGUGACAAGAUGGACGUCGACGAGAAGUCCGAGAAGAAGAAAUCCAGCAAGAGCAAGGAUGAGAAGAAGCGGAAAAAGGCAGAGAAGGCUUGA